AUCUCCUUUCAUAGUGUGUAAAUCUCCAUUUAAAAAAAGAAAUCCUGUAUUUAAUUUAUUCUUGUUAGGUUGUUGAUUAGUGUAGUAGUAAUUAACACUAAUGGCUUCAGAAGCCUCAAGAUCAGCAGCUGCACUGCUCUUAAUAGUUAAUCUAAUCCUGUAUUUCAUUAUUGUGCUUAUGUCUUCUUGGGCUGUUAAUCAUGGAAUUGAAAAAUCACAUGAACAAGCUUCAGUACUAAGACUGCCUGCAAAAAUAUUUCCAAUCUACUUCCCAUUUGGAAACAUGGCAACAGGAUUCUUCAUAAUAUUAUCUCUACUUAUUGGAGUUGUUGGGAUGACAACUUCUCUUCUUGGAAUGUUUAAUGUUAUGGAAUGGUCUGUUGCUAGUUUGUAUGCUGCUGCUUCCUCUUCUUUUGCCACUUGGGCUCUCACACUUCUUGCCAUGGGUUUGGCUUGUAAGGAAAUUCAUUUGGGACACGUUGAUUCUAACUUGAGAACUUUGGAAGUGAUUAUGAUAAUUGUGAGUGGGACACAAUUGGUGUGUACUGGUGCAAUCCAUGCUAGUGCUCAGAAUAUUGCUUCAAAUGCAAGGAGGAUGUUUACAGGCAGAGUAUAAAAUAAUACUUCAAGUUUGAAUGUGUAUUUUUUCUUUUUGGAUUGUAUAAUUUUAAAAAAUAAGCUUACUUUAAAGUAAGCAUAAAUUGCUUCUUAAACUUAUGAGGAUUAUUGUAAUGAAAAUGGGUUUUAUACAAGAGUAUUUGCCACAAGAAAUCUAUAUCAAUUAUUAAUGUAU